AUGGAUAAAACACAAUUAAGUAAUGAUUUUGACUUUACAUCAAAAACUCUUACAACUGGAGUUGUUGAUGCAUAUGGAAAUACAUUAAUAUCAACAGUGAACGUUCAUAAAAAACGUCAUUCAGGCAAAUAUUGUCGGCAUUUGUUAAAAGUGAUUUUUAAACAUAUCGGCUUAACUCUUCUUCUUAUCGGUUAUAUAUGCGCUGGUGGUUAUAUAUUUCGUUCAUUAGAGCUGGCUAAUGAUGCACAAGAUUGUUUUCAACGUCAAAAAAGUUAUACACAAAAGUUGAAUUCCACAACACUCAUUGUUAUUGGUACACUGAAAUCAAUCAACACUGAGGCGACUAAUUCACAAAACGCCGAUGAAAUUAUUCAAAAUAUAUUGAAUAGAUAUGCUGAAGACUUAUAUGCUCUUGAUUUUAAACCAUCCACCGAUUGUAAUGCUAUCUUAAAUACAGUAGAUGGAUCGAAAUGGAGUUUUGUCAAUUCAGUAUUCUUUUGUGUGACAGUUAUUACAACAAUAGGUUAUGGACAUAUUGCACCAGCAACAUUUUGGGGUAGAAUCACUUGUAUUAUUUACGCAAUUGUUGGAAUACCGCUAAUGUUAAUCUAUCUGGCAAUUAUUGGUAAUUUAUUUGCAAGAAUGUUUCGUGUCGUCUUCUUAAAUUUAGUCUGUUGUCGUUGUUUCUAUGAUACAAUUAAACGAAAACGUGAAGAACGCAGAAAACGUAUACGUCAAUGGGAGGAGGAUUUAAGGCAGCAUGAAGAAGAAGAAGCAAGACGAAGAGGUCUACCACUGCCUCCUAGAAAGAUGCAAUCUGUUGAUCAAGAGGAUGACUUAGAAGCCGAUGAUGACUUCGAUGAAUUGCAUAGUGAUAAUGAUGGAUCAAAAAUGCAUGUACCAUUGACAGUUAGCGUUAUUGUCCUGUCAGUGUACACCCUGAUUGGUGCAGCAAUAUUUCCAAGAUGGGAAGAUUGGUCAAUGGCAAAUGCUGCCUAUUUUUCAUUUAUAACAAUAUCAACAAUUGGAUUUGGUGAUUUAGUUCCAGGGAAUGGAAGAUUCAAUGAGCCUAAAACAGCAGUUGAACUGCUUGUCGGUGGCUUGUACCUUCUAUUCGGUUUAGCCUUACUAUCAAUGUGUUUAAAUCUAAUGAAAGAUGAAAUAAUCGCAAAAGUUCACUACAUCUGUACAUGUAUCGGUAUAAGACGAAAUAAAUCGGAAACUGAUGAAGAUCAACGCGGAGAUGAUGAUGAUGAUAGAAGGGAAGAACCACAACAACAACUCGAAGAAGAAGAACAAGAACAGCAACAAGAACAGGAAUACAAAGCAAGAAAUCCUCCACCUAAAGAGGAUAAUGAAAGUUAUUCAAAUAAAGAAACGACAAAAUUAAUGAAAAAACAAAAGAAAACUAAGAAAUCUAAAGAUCUUCCCAAGGAAUAUGAUAAUCAAUCCUUUGAAAAAGAUACUUAA